AUGAGACGGCCAAAGCACUGCCACCUCGUCGAACUCCUUUUCAGCAUCCGCAUCAGCCUCGGAAAACACACAGACUCGGUGUUCAGCGCAGUACGGAUACAAAUUCAUUUUGGUGUUAUCCAGGGUGGAGUUACAUUCUGUACAAAGAGACUUGAGCUGCUCCUGGCUGAGACUGUUGCAACAUCUCGGCCACACAACGCGUCCCCUGCACUUCUUAUGUUCCAGAGCCCUACGAGCGUCCGGACAAUAAGUCUUCCAUUCAUACUUCUCGAGCCGCAUCUCCUUGCAGCUUCUGCCUCGUUCCGCGCAGUAUCUGUACUCGCUACCUCUCCAGGCGAGGCACCCGCAGGAGAACCUGGUAACGGCAAAGUAACACAUCUUGGUGUAAUAUUCGUAAAAGCUUCUGUACAAGAUUUACAACUUACUCGGGUGUGCUCUAAAGACGGAUCGCUUGCUCGAAAUAGUACAAAAGGCUUGUUCGAACGCUUUGGGUUGAGUGAGAGAACAUAG